AUGUCUCUUGAGGACUCAGUAUCCAGCGACCCUCUCGCACCGUAUGCCGUCGGGACGACGCUGAAGCUGCUUCCCCACAGUGAUCCGACUCCGCCUUAUGGAGGACCAAAGUACGGAUGGCUGGGCGACGAGGAAGAAGACAAACUCGCCAAAUCGAGGAUCAACCAUCCGAGCAACUACACCCUUCCUGAACAGCAGAUGAAAGGAGAGAAGCUCCGUCUCAAAGUCUUGGAGCUCACUCGAGACCCCGCCAAGGAUGCUCCUCAAGGAGCUCUGCUCCUAGUUUGCCAAGUCACGAAGAUCCCCACCGCCAAAUUGUUCAUCGGCGAACUCCUUCGCAAGGACGAUCUCGUCGUGGCCGAAGUAUUCGACGAGCUGCUCUACGACACUCUGGUGCUCCCGUUUGCUCCAGUCUUAUCUCCAACCCAGCAGGCCGACUCUGGGCUCAGUCGAACCGCUGGCAUUUACAAGCAUUUCUACUCGGAAAACCUCACCGGAUCGUCUCAAAUCGUCCCACAGUACCAUGGAACCUGGGUCGUUCAGCACCAUCUCAAGGACACCAAGAGUACCUCUACUAGGUACGUCGGCGCUAUCCUUCGGGAGUACGUUCAGGGUCCUUCGAUCGAGUCCGUGUGCGUUCGCCACGAAUGCGAUGGCCUCUUUCCGCUGCGCAAGAUACGCCCUCAUGUCGAUUGGGACCGGGAGAUUGCACUCGACAGGGAGACUCGCCUCGACAUAAUGAAACAGAUCAUCCACAGCUGCGUCCUGCACAAGAAAUUUCACGUCGAGCACGAGGGUCCCGAGGCACGGAACUAUGUCAUCACCCUCCGCCGCAACGGCAAGAUCCUUGACAAGCCCCAGGCCGUCCAGGUCAACUUCACCCGCACCUACCUGUGGAACUUGACCAUAUGGGCAGCAUCCAGCCUGGAGAAUCACAAGCGCCAUGGCCUCAUCCCGACACUGCCGCAUCCCCUUCAUCCUAUCGAGGUUUACGACAUCUCUUCCCUGAGCGACUUUGCUGGUUGGUUUCCAUGGCACUGGGCGCACGGCGCACACAAGCGAAAGGGAAUGAGCUUGAUGCAUCGGUGGUUUCUGCAGGACGACGUGUUCGGACCGCGCCAGGAAGGACCCAGGUACUCGCUCCGCAAGACCUUGGGCGAGCAGACCCAGGGCGAGCAGACCCAGAUGCCUCGCAUCGCUAGCCGUCUCCGGCUAUUGUCGACCGGCUCACAACGCAGUGUGGGUUCUGAGUACUCGGGAACCACCGGUCGCAGCGGACGUUCUCGGAGAGGUGAAGGCUCGGGCGAUACGCAGGAGGAUGAUAUUCCGGAGGAUGAUAUUGAGGAUUAUUGA